AAGAACUCAAUUCAGUUCGAUUUUGAUUACUCGACGUUGCGGUCGUCUAGCUUUAAGAAUGGAAAAUUCGAUAAAAGUGCUCGCACUGAUUUUGUUGUUGCCAUUACUUUAUGUCCCUGCAAAUGGGCAUAAAAUAGUGUGUUAUUAUGACUCAGCAAGCUCUUUACGUGAACCUCCAAGCCAGUUGACGACUUCAAACUUAGCUCUCGCCCUACGAUUCUGUACCCAUUUGAUUUACGGCUAUGCGGGAAUACGAGCUGACAAUUUUCUAGCACAUAGUUUAAACGAAGAACUGGACAUUAACCAACAUCAGUUCACUGAAGUGACUGCCUUAAAACGCCACUAUCCAAACUUAAAGGUACUACUGAGUGUGGGAGGUGAUCACGACAUCGAUGGAGACCAUCCAAACAAAUACAUUGAGCUACUUGAAGGGGGAAUCGAGAAACAAACAGAAUUUAUAAAGUCAGCUCAUUCUUUAGUCAAGAACUACGGAUUUGAUGGUCUUGAUCUAGCCUAUCAGUUUCCCAAGAACAAGCCCAAGAAAGUGCACACAGGCCUUGCAAUGAUUUGGAAAAGUUUUAAGAAAAUAUUUACAGGCGAUUUUAUUGUGGAUCCUGAUGCAGAUCAGCACAAAAAUCAAUUCACAUCGCUUGUCCGUAGUGUGAAAGAUAAACUGCACCAAGAUGGGUUUCUGUUAACCUUGACUGUGCUUCCCAAUGUCAACUCAACUUGGUAUUUCGAUGUUCCGGUGCUUAAUAACUUUGUUGAUUUUGUUAAUAUUGCUGCAUUUGACUUUGUAACUCCCGAACGCAACCCUGAAGAAGCGGACUACACAGCUCCGCUAUUCAACGAGGAAUCACAAGAGAGAUUGUCUCAUUAUAACGCAGAUUUUCAAGCGCAAUAUUGGCUGCACCAAGGAUUCGAUAAUAAGAAAAUCAACUUGGGAAUACCUAGCUACGGAAAUGCUUGGAAACUGACCGAAGAUUCCGGAGAAACUGGAAAACCAAUUGUGUCGAAGACGAAUGGUCCUGCUCCGCCAGGACCCUAUUUGAAAAAGGAAGGUGUACGCAGCUUACCAGAAAUAUGUUUAAUGUUAGCGCAUUCAAACAAACCCAUUAUGAAAGAUGAUCUUUUGACCAGCAAGAUUAACAAAUAUGGCAGCUAUGUCAUAAGUGCAAAGGAUUCAAACACUGAGAGAAUCUGGGUUAGCUACGAUAAUUUUGAUGCUGUGAGUUUCAAAACUGCCUACUCCAAAAUUUAUUUGGGAGGUGUUGCUCUUUUCGAUCUAGGCUACGAUGACUUCCAAGGAUCAUGCUUUAAUGAAAAGUUUCCCAUACUGCACACAAUAAAACAACAAGUUGUGGUAAUAACCAAAAUUGAUCCCAUUAUAUAAUUCAAUAGUAAUACGAGUACAUGUAAAUACACCCCUACACUAUUUUUUGUAUAAUAAUAAAAAGGCUAAACAGCCAAAUAAG